AUGGAGCUACCAACUGAAGUACAACAUGUAUUAUUUGACAAAUUGUCGACACCGGAAUUGAAGUCCCUGAGAAAGACUUGUAAGCAAAUGCAGAAGUCCGUUGAUGAUUAUAUCCAGCAUAAAUGUGCCGUCAGAAUAAGGAAGGGAGAUGUAUACUCCACUGUUUUUAAGUCCAUUUACGAUGUUGUGAAUAAAGUAAUUGACGAUGAAUCGGAGAAACACGCAUUCAUGUUGAAUGUCGUUACCAUAAACUGUGGCGAAUUCUAUUUUAAUGACUUUCAAGAUGUUAAACAUGUGCUAGAGACAUUAAAGUGUCGUCUACAAGAUGGUAAAAAGGUAUCCUGGAUACGUAAAAGGGAUUUGCACAUACUUACGGCAGGCUCAACUACUUAUACUUCGGAUCAAAGAUUUCAGGUUCUACGUCCUGAAAAUUCCUGUAAUUGGACUCUGCAAAUCAAAUAUCCUCAGCCGCGCGAUUCUGGCAUUUAUGAAUGUCAAAUAAACACGGAGCCAAAAAUGUCCUUGUCAUAUAUUUUCAAUGUAAUCGAAUUAAAGGCAAACAUAAUUGGCCCCAGUGAUUUAUAUGUGAAAAGUGGCAGUGAUAUUAAUUUAACUUGUAAGAUAAUGCAAGGACCACAUGAGUUGGGAAAUAUAUUUUGGUAUAAAGGCAACGACAUAAUUGACAUGACAACGAAUCAAAAUGAAAUCGACAGUGGGAAUCGAAUUAGUCUAGAAAAUGAUUGGUCUGAUGGAUUAACAUCGAGAUUGAAAAUUCGUCGUGCCAUGCCCAGUGACACCGGAAAUUACACGUGUGUACCAACGAUAGCAAAGACGUCAAGUGUUUAUGUGCAUGUCAUUAUUGGUGAGCAUCCUGCCGCAAUGCAGCAUAACUCCAGCAGCAUGAGUAGAAGCAAUUUCUAUUGCAGUAUUUGUUGCAUGCUCUUCACCAUAUUCACAUGUUGUCUACAGCAUUUGUUUGCAACAGCAACUACGGUGCUAACAACUGCAGCAACACGACAUCCUGGUUCCACACUUGCAGCAACAAUAGCAACAACACAAAGUUUGCAUGCAACACAUGCAAUCAACGAAUUUACAAGAUGAAGCGGCAGCUUUGAGUGUAGCCGCUUUUGUUGCCACUGCAACUGAAUAAAUCCACUGCAGAUCCUUGCUUUGAAUAUUAUUUCUCCGCAACACUUCUAAUAGGUUAAUUAUGGUUUCGUAGAUAAACUGAACUUUAAUAAAAUGAUUAUGUUAAG